GGGAAAUGGCCUUUAUUGUCUGACUAAGCUGACAAGAAGACCAACAGCAUUCUACAUGUUUGGGUGACUCUGUGCCUUGGAAACAAAUGUUUCAUCACUUCUUGGUUCAUGCAGCUUUUCUGAGCAGCAGAUGGCUUCCACGAGACCAACGACUGAAAUUCCAAAUAGUUCUUUUUAUUUUUGUGGUGCUUUUUCUAACACCCCAGGUUUACAUACUGACAAGGCCAAAAUCUUCCCGUUACUGUGAAAAGCCGCUCUUAAACAACCUCAUAUCUCUCAUUGUGUUUUCAGUCAUGGCUACAGGCUUAGCAGUGACCCUUACUCUCACUGACCCUGUGCCCAAGAGUAUCAGGUCAGCUUAUCACACAUUCGGAUUGCUUUCAUUCACCCAGGGACUUUGUACCAUCAUUCUGACUUUCAAAGCUCCCCAGUGUGAGAACACUACACCUGAGCUCUAUCUCUUUUCACUGGUAUUUUCAUGGGCUUGUAUCAUAUCAACAGCACUCUUCAUGAUAAGAGGCUGCCUUUGGAUGUUCCAUAGCCAGUGUCCAAACUGGUUCAGUGAAACAUGCCUCUAGUCUGGCCAGCUCACUGCUCCAUACAGCUCCAUGUAUUAUUCAGAGCCUCCUGUUGAGUUUGAGACAGAUCUUCAGCUAAACUUGGUGAGCUCCUGUUACAAAGGAUAUUGGUUUACAGUGCUGUCCAAACAAGCAAUCUAAAAAGUGAAAUGGCUUUCAUAACAUCACAAGCCACAUAACUCCUUCUGCAGAAUAGUAGACUGUAAGCUGCAUGUAAAUUAAAUAUUCCAUCAUGGUAAUAUAUAUGUUGUUCAUUAAUAAUCAUUAAUCAUUACAAAUAUACAAAUAAAUGUAAUAAAUUACAAUUGAAACUGAAUGCUACGGUUUUGAAAAUGUAUUAAAUGGAAUCAUUUCUGAUGAAUGACUGAUAAUCAUCAUUUAGCAUUAAGAUAAAUGAAUAUGAAAGCUGACAUCUUUGUUGAUGAAUCCUAAACACCCCAGCCUGUUCUUUUCUGUCCAGCCCUGAUA